AUGCCUGAGCCACCGUAUGACCUGCAUCCGUCGGUGAUUGGCCGCAUCAACCCGGAAUACAGAGAUUUCUACAACAAAUAUGUCUUUGACAAGCAAGUUGUUCAUCAUCAGCCCAUCGCUGUGUCCCGCGCCAGCGGCACCCUGAUUCCAGGUGCUGGUCCUAAGCUAGAGGUCUCGAGUUCCGAGGACAUCACCAUCCAGAGGAGACAGACGAGUGGGCCAGAUAUCCUGAUCCGUGCCUUUACGCCUUUGGGCCAGCGACCUGACAGAGGAUGGCCAGUGAGCUUUUGGUUUCACGGCGGCGGGUGGGUGUUGGGAAACAUUGACACGGAGAACGUGAUUGCAACGCACUUGUGCAAUCGAUCGAAGUGCGUUGUCAUCUGUGUAGAUUAUCGACUAGCACCAGAGAACCCCUUUCCUGCCGCUGUCGACGACUGCUGGGAGUCGCUCCUCUGGGUCAUCUCGACCGGUGUUGACAAACUCAACCUCGAUGCCUCCCGCAUCGCUCUUGGAGGCUCCUCAGCUGGCGGAAAUCUCGCAGCCGUCAUGUGUCAGCGAGCGACCAAGUGUCCAGACAUACCGCCCAUCGCGGUCCAGCUGCUCUCGGUGCCCGUUGCAGACAACACUGCAGCGGUCGACUCACAGAAGCCGGAGCAUGCGUCAUGGAAAGAAAACGAGUUCACGCCUGCCCUACCCGCGGAGAAGAUGAUGUGGUACCGUGGCCAUUACCUGCCCGACCAAGAGGUCUGGAAGCAUCCCGAGGCGAGCCCCUUGCUCUGGGAGGGCGAGUGGUCGAAACUUCCUCCCGCGGUGAUUGUUGUGGGUGAGCUAGAUGUUUUACGCAGUGAGGGUGAAGCUAUUGGGAAGAAGCUUGAAGAUUUUGGGGUUCGGGUUGACUUGCAUGUCAUGAAGGGACAACCGCAUCCGUUUAUUGCAAUGGACGAGGCCCUUGAGGAUGGGAAAAGGGCCAUUACGUUGUUUUGCGACAAGCUGCUGGAACUGCUUUAG